AUGUCUAUUCUUCUAGUGGACUCUUACGACUCGUUCACGUACAAUCUGCGCCACCUUGUUGAAAAUGCAACAGGCGCACAUGUGCUGACAAUUCAUAACGAUUCAUACGAUCUUUCUCGUGAGAAGGAGAGUCUCGACAAAUUAGUUGGAUCAGUCGAUGCUAUCGUGAUUGGUCCUGGGCCUGGAAAUCCCGAAUCUGCGCGAGAUGUGGGCAUCAUUCCGUAUCUCUUUGAAUCCUUUCCCAAGACCCCGAUUCUUGGAAUUUGCCUCGGUUUCCAAUGUUUAUGUCUGGUGCAUGGUUGCACGUUGGGGUAUCUUAAGCACCCUGUCCAUGGUCAGGUCAGCAAAAUAACGCCAGUCGACAAACACUCCUUAUUCAAUGGUUUUGAUUCUGCUUUCGAUAGCGUGCGGUACCAUUCAAUCUAUAUUUCUAAGGUAACUGACGACAUUAUCCCACUCGCCUAUUCGGAGGAUCAAUGUCUGAUGGCAGCCAGACACGCCCAGAAUCCUCAUUUUGGAGUCCAGUAUCACCCCGAAUCCGUCUGCUCGGAGAUGGGCGGCAAAAUUGUAUCGAACUUCUGGGCCUUGGUCGAAAAAAGAGAAACCGUUCCUAUUAAAGACUCGCACCUUUUGCAGACAGAACCAUUAAUUAAGCAUUUCAAGGCUACCUCGGAGUACGACUACAAGUAUGAAAAACUACCCAAAGUCGACAUCCUAUCCGCAUGCGAGCAAUUUUCUGACCUGCUUUUACUGAACAGUGCCGUAUCGCCGGGAGAAUGGUCUAUAAUAGGGUUGCCCGAGCCAGGGAAGAGCCUGGUGGUUGGGAACUCUCGCGAAGCAGGAUUGUCAGUUGGAACUUGGAAAGGAGAGACGAAGGCUCACUCAGACUCGAUGUGGUCUUAUAUUUGCAACCAUAUGUCUCAGCGGUAUUACGAGCCCACAAUUGACGACCCAGAACUGGCAAAAUGCCCGUUUGUUGGAGGAUUUAUUGGAUUCUUGUCAUACGAGGAAUCUGUACCGCUAACAGUGAACAAAAUCACUGUAGGACCGACUCCAAGCACGAGGCUAUGUUUCGUGGACCGCUUCAUUGUCAGCAACGACAUGCACACGUUUGUGGUGUCUAUUCGUCCGGGAGACCACGAUUGGAUACAGCAAGCAAAGGAUCGGUUGCAAAGUUAUCAGGAAAUCAGCUUUUUAUUUUCACUGAAAGCCAAAGUGGAAAAGCCAGACAAAAAAAGCUACGAAAAAAGCUUUAAUGACUGCCAAAAGUACCUUCACACUGGCGACUCAUACGAGUUAUGUCUGACUCGGCAGACCAAAAUACACGUUGCGAAGAGCAUUGCGCCCUGGGAAAUAUACAAAUGUAUGGUGAAAAACAAUCCCUCCCCAUACUCAUGCUACCUGGAUUUUGGGGAUGCAAGGCUUCUGUCGACCUCCCCCGAGCGGUUUCUCAGCUGGGAUAACGUGCUGUCUCAGAUGAGACCGAUAAAGGGGACCGUGAAAAAGGACUCAGAAAUGACUUACGCCAGAGCCUGCGAGCUGCUGAAAAUACCAAAGGAGAUCGGAGAAAACCUCAUGAUUGUGGACCUGAUCCGCCACGACCUCUACCAGAUGCUGCAAACAGUCGAGGUUACGAAGCUCAUGUCCGUUGAAGAGUACCACACUGUUUAUCAGCUGGUUUCAGUUAUUGAGGGCCAGCUGCAAAACAGCAACUACUCGGGGAUAGAUUUAUUGAGACACUCUCUUCCGCCAGGAUCGAUGACAGGUGCACCGAAAAAACGGAGCGUAGAGAUUCUUUGUGACCUUGAGGACAGAAUCCCAAGAGGCUUGUAUUCUGGAGUAUGCGGAUACUGGUCUGUGAAUAACCAUGCCGACUGGAGCGUGGUUAUUCGUUCGCUGUUUAACUACGAAGACGAUCUUUGCUCAACAGAGACGACCAGAUGUUUCAGAUGCGGUGCUGGCGGAGCAAUUACAGUCCUAAGCACUUGCGAGGGCGAAUGGGAUGAGUUGAACCUGAAACUGGAUAGUGUCUUGAAAAUAUUUAACUAA